AUGGUCACAGUGGCAAGCGGCGGCGCCCCUCUGGUAAUUGCUGGCACCAUUGCAAAAGAAGCAAUGCUUGCUAUCACAGCCGCUCAAACCGCGGCCGCUGGCUUUACUGCACAAGCUGCCCUCGCUGGCGCCGCCUGCGAAACCGCUCUCGCCGGAGCAGUUGCAGCUGAGGCCGUAGGUGCUUUCGCCGUUGCUGAAACGGCAUUCGCUGCCGCCGUUGCAGCCGAAGGCGCCGGUCUCACUGCUACUGCAUCAGCGGUUGCUGCCACCAACUUCUGGAACCCUGUUGGAUGGACAGUUGGGGCUAUUGUUGUUGGAGCGCGUGAGACGGCACCUCAGACCAUCACCUGGGAUUGCUACAAGCCUAUUAUACGCGAAGAUCCGGAGACAACCGUCAAACCAAUGCUGUUGGCCGAGCUGGUUGUUCAUCCGAUGGUUGCUCGCGUUGAAAUCUCUGGCAAAGCCACGUCUGCUGGUCUUCCUGACUUUGAGAUAGAGAAUGUUGCUGGUGAACUGUACCUCGUACGGGGCGUCAUGUUACCUUGGGGCGCAGUUGCGUACCACGCCGACAAGAUGGAGGGAUGA